AUGUCCUCACCGCAAGCCGUGGCGACGACGCUCCAGACGGGCUUCACCGUCGCAAACCCGCGCCAGCCCGCCCUGCCGCUCGCACUGCCCGAUCGCAGCGUGACGGCCGACACCCUCGAGGACGCCUACGUGCGCUUCAUCUUCUACUGCAACCCUGCGCUGCCGCCGGACGCAGACACCAACAGCCUGCGCGAGGCCUUUGCGAACCCGCCCAGGAGCGGCGGCAAGAGCUUCAGCCCCUUUGUCAUCUUCGAGCUGGUGCGGCGCUUCUACCGCAAGGAGAUCAAGACAUGGACCGAGCUGACCACCACGCUGGGCGUUGAGCCGCCGGACCUGGCCAAGGACGAGAGCGUGCAGAAGAUUGCUCAGUACGGCGUCCGUCUCAAGAAAUGGAUGAACUCGAUGCAUGUCAAGGCCUUUUUCGAAUAUCUGAUGGACAUUGAAAAUGAUUACUGGACCAGCAUCCCAGACGACCCAGACCCUACCGGCCGGCCUGUGCGUGACGGCGUGGCCAUUGAAGACGACAUGGCCCUGAGGGCUCUUUUGCCUCACAUUCGCCCCAAACGCGGCCGCCGAAGGCCAGAACCCGAUGAUGUCGCCGGCUCUCCGGCUGCCCAGCGACCACGCCUAUCGCCCCCGUCGGCAAUUGAUGGCCAUCGGGGCUCGUGGUCCGCCCAUCCAGAUGCCCGAGGCCAGGUGCUGCCGAUGGACCCUUCCCGGCCGGGCGCCGUAGCUGCUUGGAGCUCCAACGACACCGUGCAGACUCCGCUGUCCCGAUAUCCCAACUCGGCCAUAACGCCGUCCACCCGGAGCUCGUUCUGGGACGACGCGCUGGAACCUCGCUCUGCCAUCACUCCGUCCAAGCCUAAGCUUUCUGCCCACCGACGGGGUCCCAAGAAUGUAUCGUCAGCUUGGAAGCCACAGGGAGCCGAUAGUAGCGUAAAGCUGCGAGGAAGGCCUCCGAUUCAUCGUACGCCCGUGGAGCCGCCUGCCAAUCCUCCCAAUCCUCCCAUCGCUUCCAACGCUCCGCAUCCUUCGAACCCUUCGCCCAUGACAUCGUGGGCUCCGACACCCGAUAGCAACCCAUCCGAUCCUCCUCCUGUUCAGAUGGCUCCCAAAGACCCCAUACCAAUGAUGCCCGACGCAGCUCAGAUGCACCCACAGAUUCGCAACCAAGUCUCCCCAUAUGCGCAAGUAGAUGCGCAAGUACGCAUUAUUCCGCCCUCUGCGCCUCCUGGCCUGCUGGUUCCCGGGAUGGGUGUCCAACCUCUCGACGCUGGCGCCAGACCUGCUCGGCCCAGCAUAUCUUUGCAAGUCCCCGAACGACAAGGAGGCACAGUUCGACUGGCAACACCACCGCUUCCGCCACCACUACCACCACCACCACCAAUCCCAAUGAUGCCAAUGAAUGGACAGCCAGCAAACGAUAUUCCGACGCUCCCAGGUGCUGGCCAAGGACUACCACCGCCGCCGCCGCCACCGCCGCAGCAGCCUCCUCCACCACUGUCGCAAAUGCCGCAGGCCAAUGGCUGGGACCCCUUCUCACAGCCGUCUACGGCGAGAGCAAAUGAACCGAAUAAUGUCCCAACAUCUGCCGGUUCUGCAAGCCAGGCUGGUCCAGAAAAGGAUGUGCCAAAAUAUUUCUUUGAAGAUCUGGACGACCGGACCAACCUUGACGGGCUAAUAUCCUACUUCACCCAUGUGCUGCACAAUUCCGACUGGGUGGACCCUCAGGGGAAUCAGCAGGAGAUAGCGGGGUUAGACGAGUGUACCGCCAUGGUCAAUGCGACAAUCGAGCACAUGUACAAGAAUGCCGAAUCCUCUCAAGCCUUUCUGAUUAACCUGGCGGCAUUGUGCGGCGCCAAGAUGCUCAUGUCGAAUCGUCCGAGAUGCUACCGAGUCGAGACCUCAGAGGGUGUUUACAGCUACUACUUUGAUUGGCAAUAUCGGUUUGGCCCUCUCAAGGGACAGUUUACCAUGACUCAUAGUGUGCCAGUGACGAUGUGGAAAAAGCCCGGAGCGGGAGAGCGUAACGAAGCGUCACAGGAAGAAGAAGGCCUGACAGCGCAGCAGUGGCAGGCCAAGUAUGGCGCUCUCAUGGAUGAGAUUGAGAAGCGAGACCGGGAGCUGUUUGAUAUGCAGAACAAGGUAAUAGGGGCGAUGAAGGGAGAUCCCAUUUGA